ACAGCUAAAAUGUUUGUUGCUGAAACUUGAGGCUUUUUAAACUCUGGUGUUGGAGAUAAAACUUAUCAGCGGCUCACAGAGUCACAGUUCUGCACGUGAUCAUUAUAGCGCUCGCUCGUCCACGUCCCCCUUCGCAUGACAGGCAGAACCGACACCCGAACGUGAUCCGAACAAAGACUCGCAGCGCCGCCCAGAGAGGAACACGGGUUUUAAACCAUUGAGAUUAUUUAAAACAUCGAGAACAAAUAUAUUCAACAAUAUAGUCUUAGUGAUGUGCUAGUUAGCUAGCAUGCUACCUGGGUAACUUGAUAGCUAACUAACAAGCUUGUAAUUUAUAGAUGCUGCAUGCAGCGACGUAAAUCUGAUCUGAAACAUAGUAAAUAUUAAGUUUAAGCUACAAGCUGGUCAUUAAACUAAGGUCACUGAGAGGAAAUAAAGGACUGGAACAUUUGUUCUGAGUUCCCCGAGAGGAAGGUCAGCAGGACAUUGACCAGGAUGAGACGAGACGGAAAGAUCUGCUUUCUUCUGCAUGAAGACUGAAAGCCUCACACUCAGGAUGAUCUCAGGUCUUGCCGUAGCUGCGAUUCUUCUUCUCAUGAGAAGGGUCUCGCCGUCAUCAGGCCUGAGCGUCAACUGCAGCUCUCAAGAUCUGGAGCGUAUUCCUGAUUUCCCCUCAAACACCACCGAGCUUUAUCUACAGCACAACCGCCUGGUCACGGUUCCUCAGGGGUUCUUCGAGACGUUUCUACAGCUUCGUGUAGUGGAUCUGUCUGGGAAUCCAUUCCACUGCGGCUGUAAUAUUCGGUACCUGAGAGCCUGGCUCCUGAAGAACCGAGACGUCAUGACGACGAGUGUUACAUGUUCCAGUCCGGCGUCUCGGGCACACAGAGCCAUUGUGAGUCUGGACGAGACCGAGUUCUCGUCCUGUGUGAGGAACCAGUGCUCCAUUGCAGGGUAUAACCUGGCAUUAAUGUUCCUGCUGUGUGGAAUCCUGGGCUUGUUGCUAUGGAGCCUCCGCCUGGCCAAAGGGCUGUCGUUUACUCUGGGCAUCGGCGAGAAGCACGGCAGUCUCCGGGCCGAAUCCCUGCGCUCGCUCAAACCCAAACACAGAGCCACGGCCAGGUACUUAACGCAGUGGAGCGAGGACCUGGAGACGCCGCUGCUCGACAUGGACAUGGACAUCCUCCCGCAGAUCAUCGACACGCUCCACAAACACCACAACAUCAAGAUUAAAGAAAUGUGACCUGUGAACUCUGCUCACAAUUAAGUGACACGUACCUGACAGACACGAUCCUUCAGAAUAUUCAUUACUUUACACUUCCACACAUUCUUUCCGGUGCUUUCAAUUUUUUGCUUUUCCUAAACUUUAAAGUUUUUUAUUUUUCUCCAGCGUGAUGCAGACGAACACGUCAGCGAUGUACACGUCGCAGAUUCGCCCUUAAUUACAGUUUGGAGAAAACAUGGAAAAUUCUCUUAAAAAUUUUAUCUAGAACUUGUAAAAUAACGCCAGCUCCUGAUUCUAAACGCUUUAAAACAGCUCUAAAAUAGGUUAGAACUCAUUUUUCACCUAGUUUUAUUCCACUUUUUAUUUAUUCCAACCUUCUGAGGUAACUUUAUUCCAAAUUUACUUAAAUAAUUUUUAUUUAACAUUUAUCUUCACACUUUUCAUACAUUUACCAUUUAAUGCCAAAGUGUCCUUGGACAAGACACUGAACAUCGUGUGUGUGAGUGGUGUGACUGUGUGUGAAUGACAGUGUAGACUGCUUUGGAACCAUUAAGGUUAAAGAAAGCUCUAUAUAAGUGCAGACCAUUUAAUACUUUUUAUUCUAUGUAUUCAUUGUUGUUGAACACUUCUCAAUAUUUUUACUUUAAAACAUCACAUUUAAACCUUUUAUAUUUUUAAGACUUUUAUUUAACAGGUUAAACUUUCCCAAUUAUUAUUUUUAUUAUAAUUAUAUCUAAUUUUAUUCUGAUCACUAAGCAUUACUUUUUACACGUUAUGCAAGAAAUUGUCAGAUUUCAUUCCAUCUACAAGCUUCUCUGUGCAAAAGUUUGUACACCCCAUGGUUUUGAACAGAAAACAUUUUAAAAGCCCCUUGGCAUGACAGUUACAUUAAUAGUCGAUUAACUAUUUUUAUAUAUAUAUAUAUAUAUAUAUAUAUAUAUAUAUAUAUAUAUAUAUAAUUAAAAGUUUAUUAUUGAGUAAAUUGUAAGUAAAUCCAGCAAAAAUCCUUCCUCUGUAAUCCUGCAGCACCAUUAAAUUCUUGUUAUUAGGGAAAAAUAACCACGCAAUGGUCCGCGCCAUCCCGAUCCUCCUCCAGCUUUAUUGAUAGUUUAAAAUUACAUUUUCUAUGUUUAUAGGACUUCAGUUGCAUCUUUUCCUUCUGACUUAAAAACAGAGUACAAGCAAAAUGAUUUUUUUUUACAGUAGUCCAAGUGAUAUUGUACAAAAAUAAUAUUUGAUUUCUGUGAAAACAUUCUCCUUUUGCAAAUUAGUGAUAAAUCCACAAGCUUAUUGGUCUUGAUAAUUUAAGAUAGAAAUUACUAAACUUAUUGUUUUGGAAUCUUUAAGCAUUUAUGAGAAAAUGUACCAAAAAAAAUCUGAAUUCAAAAUAAAGAAGAAAAAAAAGAG